AUGGCAGAGGUUGGUAUUUCAGACCAGAAUCAGUUCAUCUGUCCAGUGUGUCUGGAUGUUCUGAAGGAUCCUGUAACUAUUCACUGUGGGCACAAUUUCUGUAAGGUGUGUAUUAAUGGAUUCUGGGAUCCGGAGGAUGUGAAGGGCAUCUACAGCUGCCCCCAAUGCAGAGAGACUUUCACUCCAAGGCCUGUUCUACACAGGAACAACAUGCUGGCUGAAGUGGUGGAGAAACUGAAGAAGACUGAACUCCAAGCUGCUUCUCCUGCUCACUGUUACGCUGGACCUGGAGAUGUGGAGUGCGAUUCCUGUAUUGGAAGAAAAUGCAAAGCCACUAAUUCCUGUCUGGUUUGUAAGGUCUCCUAUUGUGAAGAUCAUCUUAAACCUCACUAUCAGUCUCCUGCCUUUAAGAAGCACAAGUUAGUUGAAGCCUGUGCAGAGCUCCAAGAGAUGAUCUGCUCUGAACAUGACAAACUGAUGGAGAUCUUCUGUCGUACUGACCAAAGCUUCAUCUGUCAUUUGUGUAUGACAGGUGAACAUAAAGGUCAUGAUACAGUUUCAGCUAAAACAGAAAGAAAUGAAAAACAGAAUGAGCGAAAGGAGGAGCAGAUGAAAUCCCAGCAGAGGAUCCAGGAGAAGCAGAAGGAGGUGCAGCAGCUGAAACAGACUGUGGACACUAUUAAGAAGCUUUCACAGGCAGCAGUAGAUGACAGUGAGAGGAUCUUUACUGAGAUGAUCAGCUCCAUGGAGAAAAAGCGCUCGGAGAUGACGGAGCUGAUCAGAGCUCAGGAGAAAGCUGAACUGAGUCAAGCUGAACGACUCCUGAAGCAACUGGAGCAGGAGAUUGCUGAUCUUCAGAGGAGAGUCACUGAGCUGGAGCAGCUUUCACACACAGACGAUCCCAUCCACUUCCUCCAGAGUUUCCCGUCUCUCUGUGUUUCUCCUGGAUGUGACGACUCACCCAGCUUCACUGUCAAUCAACAUCUCUCAUUUGAUGGAGUGAGGAAAUCUCUCUCAGAUCUGAAAAAACGAGUCGAGGAAAUCUGUGAGGAGGAAUUCAACAAAAUCCAUCUACAAGCUGCAGCAGUUCACAUGAUUUUACCCUCAAAACCAAAGAGCAGAGAAGAUUUUCUGCAGUAUUUCUGUUAUCGGACUCUGGAUCCAAACACAGCACAUCCUAACCUCAUUCUGUCUGAGAAGAACAGAGCGGUGAGACACAGUGAGACAGAACAGAGAUACUCUGAUCAUCCAGAGAGAUUUUACUCCAGGUGGCAGGUGUUGUGUAAGGAGAGUGUGUGUGGACGCUGUUACUGGGAGGUGGAGAAGAGGGGUGAUGUGGACAUAUCAGUCUCAUAUAAAGAGAUCACCAGGAAAGGACUGAGUUGUGAGUGUGGGUUUGGAUACAACAGUCAGUCCUGGAGUCUGGUGUGUUUUUCUUCCUUUGUCUCUUACCGACACAACGAUAUUAAGACUGAUCUCCGAGGUCCAUCAUCCUCCAGAAUAGGAGUGUAUGUGGAUCACAGUGCAGGAACUCUGUCCUUCUACAGCGUCUCUGACACGAUGAGGCUCCUCCACAGAGUCCACACCACAUUCACUCAGCCUCUAUACGCUGGGUUCUGGAUUGGUUCUGACUCAUCUGUGAGGUUUUGUGAUCCGAUGAAAAAAUGAAAUGUUGGUAAAAGUUGAAAUGUUGAGUAAAAUUAUAACUGAGGUGUCAGAUUGAAUUUCUCCCUGAAAUACAAAGACACUUUUGUGUGCAGACCUGUGGCACUAAUUAAUUAUUAUUUUCAAAGUGCUUCUGUUUUAUAGAUUAAUUCUAAAUGAAUUACAUAUAGUGGUGCUUGAAAGUUUGUGAAAACAGGGUGCCCACUCACACCUGAUUGUCAUCCCAUUGAUUGAAAACACCUGACUCUAAUUUCACCUUCAAAUUAACUGCUAAUCCUAGAGGUUCACAUAC